UCCUGUGGUUAAUCGCGGGCGCGUUUCUGUAAAUUGAUUUGUUUCGGUUCGGUCAUCUCCCCUUUAAAAAAGCAGAUAACAGGUGAAGUUUCGAUUAACAAACACCACACCCUCAAAAUACACAUGAAAGAAGCCUGGAAUGGAUCGACUAAAGAAUUCUUUGAUGAUCUUCACCGCAAUUGCAAUGACUGCGUUCCUUUUGAAGCGACUUUUAGGCGCUUUCGCCAUCACCGUCCCUCUGAUGUUUAUGUUCUUCGAUGUAGGAUACAGUCUGCGUGUGGUAUGGUUAUGGGUGAAAAUGAGGAUGAUGAAUUAUCGCGUCGAUCUCAUGGAUAAAAGUGUCAUGACGUUUCACGUAUUGCCUUCUGAUCUUGACGUGUUUCUACACAUGAAUAACUCAAGGUAUUUACGUGCCUUGGACUUUGCAAGAUAUGAGCACUUCCUUGGAUCAGGAAUGAGCUCAGUGUUGAGGAAACAUAAGUGCCGCUUCAUUUUAGCAGCCACUACAAUCAGAUAUCGCCGCUCUUUGGAACUCUUUCAGAAAAUUAAGUUGACCACUAAAAUUGUCUACUGGGAUGAUAGAGCAUUUUAUUUUGAACAUCACUUUAUUGAUGAAGAGGGAUUUGUAUCUGCUGUUGCAUUCUCUAAAGUAGCUGUAACACAAACUAGAAGACAGAAAGAUGACCGAAUUCCAAUGAAAGUUUUAUUUGAAGAGGCAUCAGGAAGUGUAAUUGAUGUGCUCAUCCCUCCCAGAGAUCUUGAACAUUGGUUAGAGUACAAUACUCUUUCAAGUGAGGCUUUGAGCAUGCAUAAAAAGGAGAACUAAUUAGAUGUACGAUCAGAGCCAUAGCAGGGGGUGGGGCACUGGGGGAAUGUGCCCCCCAAAUAUUUUCAAAAGUUAUAAGGAAAUGACCAGUAGGGGCGUGAUUGUGCCCCCCCCCCUUAAUAUUACCUUAAUGUUUCUGUAUUGUGCCCUCCCAAUCAUAGGUGGCCUGCUAAGGCUCUGAUUAUUAUUGUGGUAAAAGCUCUAACAGCCCGCCAUCUCUUAAAAUCUCCUCUCUCCGAAUGGUCGGUCUCUUAUAGCUCUAAGAAUAUCCAAACUAGCCAAAAUUCAAUAUGUUUAAAAAUAUUUAAUUAUUCAUUGUUUCAACACAAUCUUUAGUUCUGUUGUUUUUAUAUAGAGACUUGAUAAAUCCCGUGGACUUUGACAACUGGCCACCCCACCCCACCCCCCUAAAAAAGAUAGAGGGAACAAGGAUGAGCUGGAAUUGUGUUCUAUUGAAAAGAAAAAAAAAACAUUAAAAACACCUGACACCCCUAAGUAAAACAGUAA